AUGAAGGUAGAUGAGUUGAUUAUAGAUGGGUUCAAGUCGUAUGCGACGCGUACUGUGAUAUCAGGGUGGGACGCGUCGUUCAACGCCAUCACGGGGCUCAAUGGAUCGGGCAAAUCAAACAUUCUUGAUGCCAUCUGCUUCGUGUUAGGGAUCUCGUCGAUGCAGACCGUGAGAGCUUCCAACUUGCAGGAUUUGAUCUAUAAACGAGGCCAAGCAGGCGUCACCAAGGCAAGUGUCACCAUUGUUUUCAACAACUCGGAGAUCACCAAGUCGCCAAUUGGAUUUGAAAAAUCGCCCACAAUCAGCGUGACCCGGCAGAUUAUCUUGGGAGGAACCUCGAAAUACUUGAUCAAUGGGCUCCGGGCCCAGCAGCAGACGGUUCUCAGCUUAUUCCAGUCGGUGCAACUAAACAUCAACAACCCCAAUUUCUUGAUCAUGCAGGGUAAGAUCACAAAAGUCCUCAACAUGCGAGCGAGUGAGAUACUAUCGUUGAUUGAAGAAGCGGCCGGCACGCGUACUUUUGAAGACAGGAAAUCCAAGGCCAACAAAACAAUGCAGAAAAAGGACACCAAAUUGCACGAGAUCAAAACGCUUUUGGAAGAAGAAAUUGAGCCCAAGUUUGAAAAAUUUAGAAACGAGAAGCGGUUGUUUGUGGAGUACCAGCAAACUCAGAUUGAUUUGGAGAAGCAGACGAGGUUACUUGUCGCGUUUGAGUACAGCGAGCUUUCAAACCGACUCACCCAUAGCUCGGAGCACUCGAUUCAGCAUGAAAAAAAGCUUGCGGCUCUUACUCUUGAAGUGGACAAGGUGACCCACGAAAUCAACAACUUGAACCAAGAUUUGGCGCAAGUUCGAGCCGCGAGAGAAGAUAAUUCAAAAAAAGAUGGGAAAUUGGCGGAACUAGAGGCAGAGGAAAAUAGGUUGGCAAAUGAACUUGCAAGAUUAGUCACGCAACGAGGGCUUGUCAAAGAAGAAGUGCUCAAUGAGGAAAACAAGAUUGAAGAACUCACUAGAAAAAGAAACGGACUCGAGCGAGCUAUAAACGAUACUGAAGAAUCGUUUAAAAAUAACAAGGUGCAAGUCCUGAGAGCAAAGGAAGAACUUGGGCAGUUGAAGGAGGAAUAUGAAAAGAAGUAUGAGUUGUUAACCGGAUUGACCACGGGUCUUUCAGCAAAAGGAAGCGCGUCCACUGGUUAUACUGCACACUUGGCAGAAGUGAAAAACAAGUUGAACCUGUCAAGGAACUUGAUUGGUCAAAAUAAAUUGAAAAUCGAGCAUUUGCAACGCGAAGCCAAACAGGAACAACCCAAGUUGGAAAGUGCCAAGAGGGAGUACGAGGCUUUUGAAAAAAAUAUCAAUAGAUUAAAAGAAACGAUUGAAGUGAAACAGAAAAAAUUGGACGAAAUAAUGGGGUCGCAGAAUGUAAACCCAGAUGAACUUCGUGAAAGAGAAGAGCGAUUGCAUUAUGAUCACGAAAAAAUUUCAAACGAAAUGUACUAUAUGAAAAACAAUCUUCGAGGUCUCGAGUUUUACUACGAACGCCCUCAUCCGCAGUUUGACGACACAUUAGUGCGAGGAGUAGUGGCGCAACUAUUUGAUUUGCCAGAGUCCUCUUAUGACAAAGCCAUUGCUUUGCAACAAUGUGCAGGCGGAAGGCUAUACAAUGUGGUUGUCGAUACGAGCGAUGUUGCUUCGCAGCUAUUGGAACGUGGUAGGUUACGCAAGCGAGUCACCAUUAUCCCCUUGGAUAAAAUAAACCCUGCGGUGUUGGGUAAAGCUGUUAUUGAGCGCGCUGAAACUAUUGCACCAGGUAAAGUCCACCUCGCCUUGGAUUUGAUUGUAUACGAUCAUCACAUACACAAGGCGAUGCAGUAUGCAUUUGGAAACACUUUUAUCUGCGCAGAUGCAAACACAGCCAAGGCAGUCACGUUCCACCCGAAUGUUCGAGCCCGGUCGAUAACCAUUGAAGGAGAUACAUACGAACCAGAGGGAAAUGUUUCUGGGGGCUCGCGCCCAAACAACACCAAGCUAUUAUUGGCGUUGAAGGAUUACAACAAGUUGGGCAAGAAAUUGACAGCCAUCAACGAUGAAAUGGAGAUGGUGAGCCAUGAGAUCCAAAAGUGGGAAAAAGCUCGAGAGUCUACGAGUGGAUUGAGAAAUGAACUUGAAAUGACGCGCCACGAGUUGUCGCUUCUGGAAAGAAAAUUGCAAACCAACCAGUCGGCGUCCUUGGUUAGAAAGAAUCAAGAACGGCAAGAGGAAAUUGAAAAACUCGAACUCGAAGUGGGCAAGGAAAAACAACGCUGCAAGGAGCUUGAAGUUGAAAUUUCAAGCAUCGAAAAAGAUAUCAAAGAGUUUAGCAGCGACAAGACUUCAAAAUUGGAUAGCUUGAAAAGGGAAGUUGAAAAAUUGAAAAAAGAGGUUGACAAGAGGGAGAAAAAUUUAGCGCUGGAUACAGAAAACUUUCAAGUAUUGCAAUGGGAAUCAGAGCAGCGAACGGCGGAGCUCAGAGAAGUAACUGAAGAAUUGGCCAAGUCAAGCCAACUGGUUGAUGAGCUUCGCCGCAAAGAUAAAGUAGACCAGGAGAAGCAGGAGACAAUGGAAACAGAGUUGAACCUUGCCAAGGCUCUUGUUGAAGAGGAAAAGGACAGGUUGGCGGGUCUCGACGAGGAGUUGAACGAGUUGGUGAAACUAAUAGAGUCAAAGAGAAAGAAAAUCGACAGCGCCAACCUCAAGAUCAAAACACUCGAGCUCGAGUUGGAGAAAACCAGGUCUGCUGCAUCGUCGUUGAAAGACAAGUUGGACAGAAUAAUAAGUGACAAUGAGUGGGUCAUGGAUAUAAGAACCGUUGAACGAACCAUGCAGCAGCACCCCGAGGCCAAUUUGGAUGAGAUCCGAGCACAAGUUGCGCGUCUUAACGAGCGGUUCCAAACCAUGAGAAGAAAAGUUAACCCAAACAUCAUGAGCAUGAUUGAAGAAACGGAAAAGAGAGAAACUUCGUUGAAAUUAAAGAUCAAAACCAUUGAAAAGGACAAGAAAAAGAUUGCGUCAACGGUCGAGAAAUUGGAUGGGGAAAUUAGGAAAACGUUAAACUUGACCUAUCAAAAAGUUUCCGAAGACUUUGGUCAAAUUUUUUCAGAUUUGUUGCCUGGGUCAUUUGCCAAGUUAGUUCCAGUCAACAUGAUGGAUGUGACAAAGGGGUUGGAAGUGAAGGUCAAGUUGGGGCCUGUUUGGAAAAACAGUUUGGUGGAGUUGUCGGGGGGUCAAAGAUCCUUGAUUGCUCUUUCGUUGAUCAUGGCGUUGUUGCAGUUUAAUCCUGCACCCAUGUAUAUAUUGGAUGAAGUCGACGCGGCCUUGGAUCUUUCACACACGCAAAACAUUGGCCACUUGAUCAAGACCAGGUUCAAGGGCUCUCAAUUCAUUGUUGUUUCGUUGAAGGAGGGGAUGUUUACCAAUGCCAACCGGAUAUUCAGAACUAGAUUCCAAGAUGGAACCUCCGUGGUGUCUGUCAUGUAG